AUGUUCAAUGUUCCGAAUAUGCCCAAAGAUUUUCGUUCAGUGACGAAUUAUUUAAAAAGAAAUAAUCCAAUAUUACUUGAAGGGAAUCAUUCUUUUAUUUGUUCUUCGUGUGGCAAUAGAUGUGCAAAUGCUUCAAAAUGUGAUUCAACUAGAUGUCAAUCAUCGAAUUUGUCUGUACGACGUUCAACGGCAGUCAUCGUUUUUCCUCUAGCAUCGCAAAUUUGUUCAAUUCUUGAACGAGAAACCCUUAUCAUGCCAACUUAUGAAUCAAAUUUCUGUAACGACAUAUUAAACUCUCAACGUUCUCAGGAAAUAGCAUCGAAAGAAGGACAAACUACUCCUACACGAAAUUAUGCUACUCUCACUCUGAAUACUGAUGGAGUACUUCUUAAACGAAUAUCUCAAUCGUUGUAG